AAGUGAGAGGAUUGCUCCACACCGGAAAACAGCUUUCCUCAUAUAUCUCCACAGCAUUCUAGUUCGAUUACUGUUGUCAAUAUUUCGGGAAACACUCGUGAAGAUCGAAGGUCUCCCUGGAUUCUUAUUUUAUUCUAUACUUGGUUCAUUCGAAAGCCCCCGCCAUCUGUUAUCAUGACAAAGUCAAGGACCAAAAAACGCAACGGAGGCAAGGCCCCAGGAACAGUAAUGGUUGUCUCUGAUGGAAUAGACCAUGCCAUAAGCUUGAAGCUUUGUAAGAGGCUCAAUCGUUUUUUUGAGGCCUUGGCCUUCCUCACUAGCCUACAACAGGCCUGCGGACGAGACAUUCGAGAAAAGGCUCUUAGCGACACUUCAGAAGCAGAAGACAACCACAGUAGAACAUUAGAAUGCUUCAUCAACAAACUGGCUCAAAUCUGUGAUAAUAAGCGCCACGGGCCUACUGUCACAUCCCUAGCUAUUGUCCGACCGCCUGACAAGCUGCUCUAUGUAUUCGCAUCCAACCAAAGGCGUUCAGAGGAUGCCCAGGAAGCCAGAGAGUUUAUUUUCAGUGUUUUGGAUUAUCUAAACCGAGAAUUCGCAAAACCCAGUUGCAGAGACGACGAAAGCUCUCCAACCUUUGGACAUCUUCUUCGUACCAUUCUCAGGUUCAACCACAAACGGAUUCGGUGGUAUCGAAAAAGUCUUCUGGAUCGCCUUUCUCAAUGCUUGGUAGAUUGUACGAUACUCUUGUCAGAAGAGAACUACUAGGUGAUUCGCUCAGGGCGGUGCUUCUUACUCUUCAACAAACUGCGCUAGACCAACAAAUCCAGCCUGAUAAAGAUGAUGCUUCAGUGGUGUCACCGAGCGACGAGGAUUUG